AUGACCUACGAACCAAAAAUCGCACCACCAUCAGUCGAGCAACAUCCCACUGGCUUUGGCAUCGGAACGGGAACCCCGCGCUUGUCUUGGCGAUUCCUCAACACAGUCGAUGACUGUCCUCGGGAAUGGGAACAAACUGCAUACGAAGUCCAAGUUCUCCGGCCCCCCUCGUCUGCCGAAGAGACACACUAUGUAACGAGUGCCGAAUCGGUGCUCGUUCCUUGGCCAAGCGUGCCAUUGAAAUCGCGAGAAAGAGCCCAGGUUCGGGUUCGAGCCUACGGUCGAACCACGGGCCAGUCCGAACCUAAGCCGACGAGCUGGUCAUCCUGGGCAACGAUUGAAACUGCGUUGCUUUCCAAGUCCGACUGGAAGUGCCUUCCGAUCGCCCGUCCCGUGAAAGACGCAAACGACGGCCCUUUACGCCCAGUGCGCUUCCGCAAAUCAUUUACACUGUCCGGGAACGGAGACAUCGGAAAAGCCCGCUUGUAUAUCACAAGCCUCGGGAUCUAUCGAGCGUUCAUCAACGGUCAUGCGGUGGGAGAUCAAUGCCUGGCUCCCGGCUGGACAAGCUAUCAUCAUCGUCUCAACUAUCAGAGUUUCGACGUUGCACCGCUCUUGAAUCCCGACGGCCAUAACACUGUCGCAGUGGAAGUCGGCGAAGGUUGGUAUGCAACCCGCAUGGGAUUUCGCGGCGGGCGAAGGCAUCUCUAUGGAAAUCAACUUGCCGUUAUUGCCCAGCUUGAGAUUGUCUCAAAUCAAAACGAGGCAACGUUCUCACUGGCGACGGACCAAACCUGGUCUUGUAGCCCAAGCGCCAUUAUCAGGAGUGAAUUUUACGAUGGCGAACUGUACGAUGCCCGUGAAGAGGAUCAUGAUUGGACAACCAUCUCCCCUGAAAAGACCAGCACCUCUUCCUGGGAUUCAGUACAGGAGCUAGCUUUCCCUACGGCAACCUUAGUGGCACCAGAUGCGCCCCCUGUCCGAGUGACGGAGAAAAUCAAGCCGGUCUCCAUCCAGCAGACCCCGUCUGGGAAAGUGGUGGUUGAUUUCGGUCAGAAUCUCGUUGGUCGACUUCAGGUUCACUCUUUGAAGAUACCAGAUGGGGCCAAGGUGACAUUUACGCAUGCCGAAGUAUUGGAGAACGGAGAGCUCGGGACUCGACCUCUACGACAUGCAAAAUGUACAGACGAGGUCAUCUCUUCCGGGGAAGAAAUUACAAACUGGACCCCGCAAUAUACCUUUCACGGAUUCCGAUAUGUCCAGGUCGAUGGUUGGCCGAAGGACCAAGACUUGCUCACCAAUCUCACCGCACUGGUGAUGCACACCGACAUGACACGGACCGGCUGGUUCUCGUGUUCGCAUCCCAUGGUCAACCAGCUCCAUGCCAAUGCGUGGUGGAGCAUGCGCGGCAACUUUCUGUCAAUUCCCACCGAUUGUCCUCAGCGGGACGAGCGUCUCGGAUGGACGGGCGAUAUUCAGAUCUUUGGCCCGUCCGCCAACUUUCUCUAUAACACCGCAGGCAUGCUGGGAGAUUGGCUGCAAGACGUGGCAGCGGAGCAGCUGAAAGAACGGGAUGGCUGUGUUCCUCCGUUCGUGGUCCCCAAUGUUAUCAGCGAGGAACUCUGGCCCCAUGUACCUCAAGCUAUCUGGGACGACGUGGUUGUCUUGUCUCCGUGGGACCUCUAUCGUUCUUACGGGGACAUCGACAUCCUCCGCCGGCAAUAUGCUAGCAUGCUGGCCUGGGUCGACCGAGGUAUUCGACGCGGACCUGAUGGGCUUUGGGAUCCAGAGCUGUGGCAGCUAGGAGACUGGCUAGACCCGACUGCCCCUCCAGUCGAACCAGGCGAUGCACGAACAAAUGGGACACUGGUCGCUGAUGCGUAUCUAGUACAUGUCACCAAUACAAUGUCCCAGAUCAGUGAGGUCCUCGGAGAGACUGCAGACAGCACCCGGUUCAAAGCAGACUUCCAACAACUGAAAGCUAAAUUCCAGGCCAAAUACAUUGCAUCCUCCGGUCUCUUGGUGGGAGAUACGCAAACGGCACUGAGCCUGGCAAUUAUGCUCGACCUGCACCCAACCGCCGAACAAGCUGCGCAUGCUGCAUCUCGCUUGGUAAACCUGGUCCGGCUCGCAAAAUUCAGAGUGGCGACCGGGUUCGCAGGGACCCCGAUCAUCGCGCAUGCUUUGACGAAGACUGGCCACCACCAGAUUGCUUAUCGCAUGCUGCAGGAGAAGAACCGCCCGUCGUGGAUGUAUCCCAUUACCAUGGGCGCGACCACUGUAUGGGAACGAUGGGACAGCAUGCUCCCGGACGGAUCCAUCAACCCAGGGGAGAUGACCAGCUUCAACCACUACGCCUUGGGGUCCAUCAUCAAUUGGCUUCAUUCCAGCGUAGCGGGUGUGAGCCCCAUGUCCCCGGGAUGGAAACAAGUCAGAAUCAAUCCCAUUCCCGGCGGCACGAUCGACUCCGCGGAAGCAAAGUACGACACCCCCUAUGGGCGGCUAGAGUGUCGGUGGUCCGUUCAUUCUACCGAGGACCGUUUCGAUCUGGAAAUACUGGUACCUCCCAAUUCCAGUGCCUUGGUCAUCUUGCCAAGCGAGGAGACAUUGAGUAAGGGAACGAAAUAUCUUGACGACAACGAUGGUACUUGGGUUGGGUCUGGACACCACAAAUUCUCGCAUCCAUGGAAAUGGAGUGGUCAUCGCAGUGGAUGGCCGCCAAAGCCGAUCAUUCCGAUCAUGCGAAAGCCGGAGCCAGAGAAUAUUGCUUGA